CACCCCAUAACAACAACACCGCCGCAACUUGCGAGACAUCACCAGCACAAAUCAAUGGGGCGGAGGCUGUAUCGUUGAAUUACAAAGGUGGAAGCGUUUGGUAGAAAGUGGAUUUGAGUAAGCUCAUAGACACAGCAUUCAUAUAACUUAGCAAAUCGUUACUUUACUUCACAUCCUCAACAUAUUUGACACGAGCAUCAUUUCUUUCGACAAGAUGUCUUCGAUUACAUCUAUGCUCACUGAGCCAACACAAGCGCCUACUUCUCCACCUUUGGCUGAAGAGCAGGAGAAGUACUCAUCCUUGGCUCUUUUUGUCGUGCUCGCUUUGCUGAUUGGAAGUUUUUGGACAUCGUAUUAUCUCAAAAUAAAACGAAUCACUGCCAUUCAUGAAACGAUUGUGGGCUUGUUCGCUGGUAUGUUUGUUGGAGCCGUAUUGCGAAUUGGACCAGGAGAGCAAGUACAAAAGAUGUUAAGUUUCAGUAAUACGAUCAUGUUGAACGUUCUGCUUCCUCCAAUCAUCUUGGCAAGUGGUUACGACCUGCGACAAGAGAACUUUUUCCGGAACUUUGGUGUGAUUCUGACAUUCGCUUUUGCCGGCACUUUCAUCAGUUCAAUAGUGAUCGGAGUGAUUGCCUACUUGUGGACUCUCCUUCGUCUCGAAUCAUUGAACGUCACCCUUUUGGAUUGUCUCAUUUUCGGCUCAACACUCAGUGCAACUGAUCCAGUUACCAUCUUGGCCAUCUUCAAUACCUAUAAAGUGGACCCGCAAUUGUACAGCAUUAUUUUCGGCGAAAGUUUGCUAAACGAUGCCGUAUCUAUCGUCAUGUUUGACGUAUUGUCCACCUUCCGACACAAGCAUAUUAGCGUUGCGUCAAUCUUCCAUGGAUUUGGACUUUUCAUCUUUAUCUUCACAUUCAGUUUGGCUUUGGGUGUCGCCUUCGGACUAGGAUGUUCGUUGAUGCUGAAGCAUAGUAGACUUUCGACCUAUCCGCCUCUCGAAACUGCAUUGGUGCUAUUGAUCGCUUAUACCAGCUACUUCUUCAGUAAUGGAGUGACAAUGAGCGGUAUCGUCAGUCUUCUCUUCUGCGGUAUCACACUCAAGCAUUAUGCAUAUCACAAUAUGUCAAGAAGAACGCAAAGGGCUACUCGAUACAUUUUUCAAACACUGGCCAAUUUAUCGGAGAACUUUAUUUUUAUCUACCUUGGUCUCAGUCUGUUCACGCAAGACAUGCUGGUUUACAAACCUUUAUUCAUUAUCGUCACAGUCGCAGCUGUCGUUGCAUCUCGUUAUGCUGCUGUAUUCCCGAUCGCAGGAUUGGUCAACAUGGUCAAACGUGCCCGACAACGUAAACGUAGACGUUCGGGCGCAGGAACUAUUAGAAGUGCCAAUAGUGCAGAAGAAGAGCUACCACGGGAAUACCAAAUCAUGUUGUUCUGGGCAGGAUUGCGUGGUGCCGUCGGCUUUGCUUUAUCGGCCGGUAUUGAAGGUCAAUAUGCAGCAGCAUUGCAAACCACUGUCCUGGUUGCUGUAGUAUUGACAGUGAUUGUAUUUGGUGGAACGACUGCACAAAUGUUGGAGAUCCUUGGAAUCAGGACGGGUGUUGAAGAUGAUGAAGGAGAUUCAACGGAUGAAGAAGAAGAGGCAGAAAUUGCUGCUCUACGUAUUCGCUCGAUGCGCAACAGACGGAGAUCAGUCGCUAGAUCUGGACAGAAUGGUAGAGGCAAAUUUGCUCCUGAAUCACAGUCUCUCUAUACUGAUGCUGAGGAAGGUAGCGCAUUGAAUCACUCUGGUAACGCAAGCUGGCAAAACGGCUCUCAGCCAGUACGUGAUUAUGUCGUGGAUGAUGAUAAUUCAUCAAGUUCUACAGAAGUCUUACCACCCAAAUCUACCAAUACAACAUUGGGCGGAGCAGUUUCUGGAUUGCGAACACAAACUGAAGAGUUUGCAGUACCACCUGAAGAAGAGACAAACAUCAAACGCUUCUUAGAUCGAGCAGGUUUGAUUAUGCGAGACGGAAGAUGGUUUUCUACAUUGGAUCAAAGGUAUUUGACGCCUUUGUUCACCAACAGCGUUGCCAGUCGUAAACACGAAGAACGAAAAGCAAUGCGAAGGGGAGAAGCUGCAUUAGCAUCUUCUAUGGGCACAGCUGAAACACCUUCGAGCGGAAUGGGUGGUAUUUCAGGUACGGCUUGGCAUCAAGGUGGCGGUAUGAGUAGUACGAGCGAUUUAGGACCGCUAGGACCUCUUUCGGAACGGGAUGCAGAUGUGGUUGAUGAAGAUGACGAAGAUGAAGGAUUUGUUAGACCUCUUAAUACGUCUACGUCCACCACUGGCUUUAAUAAUCCAAGUAGUGGUCGUCAAACACCAAUCAGACGAGCUGCAAGUCGGACAGGCUCAACAGAUGAUUUACCAGGGACAGGGUCAAAUCCAUCAUCUUCUCGCGUAACUGGUGCCUUUUCUCCUUAAUUGUUGGUUUGGACAUGUUUGCUUUAUUCCCCAUAAAUUUGUACAAUAUCAUGCGAUCGGCAGACAGCCAAAAUGAUAGAUGCUAUAUAUUUCAUAUUGAAUACAAUUAGGAUACAAUUACAGUGUUGAAAGAUUUUUCACUUCAAUCAUCCUACCUUUCGUGCUCCACGAAUAGCACCGCCCACACAACUCACCACAAUCUCUUCAACAAAAGCAGCAGCAGCCUCUUC